AGCUUCUGAGGCGUGGGCCCAGUCAGGUGUGCAGCCAAUGGCCUCCGUGCCAAGUGGUGGGAGCCGUAGGUGUCCGACUCCUUCCAUUUAGGUUUAGCGUUGAGAUAGGCCUAGUCGUUAAUCAGUGGGCUGCACUCCCUUCCCGGCUGAAGUGAGGCUGGUUAUUUGUUGUUCAGGUGAGGUCUAGUAAAUGGUGGAGUACCUCCCGGCCGUGGGGUCUCUGUGGCUUGGAGUCGGAGAGGAACCCUAUCCGCAAGGAAGCCCAGCCUCGUCAACGGGACAGGGUGGAGCGCAAGUCCUCAGGUCUGGCGGGCGGCGUGAAAAACGGCAGUGGAGCAAGUGUAGCCGAGGCACGGCCUUGUGUUGGCCCCACGACGGCUCCUCCCCACCCCGAACCUGGGGACGCUACGGAGCCCCUGGCUGCGUGGACACCAGCCCUAGCAACCUCUCCUCUUUUCACCGAAGUGCGGUCCCGGGCUGGUGAAGGGAUAGCGGGCGCACUGAGUUCUCAGCCCCCGUUUCAGUUUCUGUCUCCCGGUGCAUACCUUAAAUGUAAGGUGAUUCCUAAGCAGCUGGAAACCUGAGGUUGUAAAGGGGCUGCAGAAAAUGGACUGCAGGGUAAAAAACAAGCAGAACUUGAAGGUUUAACCACUGACCCAUUUCACAGAAUGUUCCAUGCAUUGCGGACAAAAAGAUGGACUUGGUCUUUAUUUUUAAUCUGUCAAUGAUCUGAUCCGACUAUAAAUAUUCACUGAUGAAGAUAUAUGGACUUGUCAUUAGGUUGAACUAAUGGUCAUUUCUGAAAGUUUCUUCAACCACAAUUUCUAUUUGAAAAUUCAAGUAUCAAAGAAUAUUGGGUUUAGAGUGGUGUAAUGAUGUAUUUUCUCUGAGGACUACACAUUUUGUAGAGACCACAGUUGGAUUCCAGUUAUAUUCUCCAAAGUGUUUCAAUCCUUUGAUAAAGUUAAUUCUGAAGAGUUUUAUGUUUAUGAACAACACCAAAAGAUGGGAGAAAAAAAUGGUAAUGCAAAAACUUUCUGGAUGGAGCUGGAAGAUGCUGGAAAAGUGGACUUCAUAUUUGAACAAGUGCAAAAUGUGCUGCAGUCCUUAAAACAAAAGAUCAAAGAUGGGUCUGCCACAAAUAAAGAAUACAUCCAGGCAAUGAUUCUAGUGAAUGAAGCAACUAUAAGUAACAAUUCCACAAUGAUAAAAGAUCAUAUAUCUGUGACCCAGAAUGAACAGGAAAAUAAAGCAAGUUCAUUGCCCUCUACAUCAUAUGAAGAUUCCUUUCCUGAAGGCUGUACAUUUCUAUCUACAAAAAGUAAGGAAAUCAACUCUCUGGAAAGUAAAGCUGCAUACUUUAGAGAAGAAUCAUCAUCUUUGAAUUUAACUUACCAAAGUCAUGAUUGCUCUGGUGCCUGUCUGAUGAAAAUGCCACUAACCUUCAAGGGAGAAAACCCUUUGCAGCUACCAAUCAAAUGCCACUUCCAAAGACGACAUGCGAAGACAAACUCUCAUUCUUCAGCACUCCAUGUGAGUUAUAAAACCCCUUGUGGAAGGAGUCUACGAAACGUGGAGGAAGUUUUUCGUUACCUGCUUGAGACGGAUUGUAACUUUUUAUUUACGGAUAAUUUUUCUUUCAAUACCUAUGUUCAGUUGACUCGGAAUUACCCAAAGCAAGAAGAAAUUGUUUCUGAUGUGGAUAUUAGCAAUGGAGUGGAAUUGGUGCCCAUUUCUUUCAGUAAUGAAAUUGACAAUAGAAAGCUUCCUCUGUUUAAGUACAGAAAGACUAUGUGGCCACGAGCAUAUUAUCUGAACAGCUUUUCCAACAUGUUUACUGAUUCAUGUGACUGUUCUGAGGGCUGCAUAGACAUAACAAAAUGUGCAUGUCUUCAACUGACAGCAAGGAAUGCCAAGACUUGCUCCUUAUCAAGUAAUACAAUAACCACUGGAUAUAAAUAUAAAAGACUACAGAGACAAAUACCUACUGGCAUUUAUGAAUGCGGCCUGUUAUGCAAGUGUAAUCGACAAAUGUGUCAAAACCGACUUGUCCAGCAUGGACCUCAAGUGAGGUUGCAGGUGUUCAAAACUGAGAAGAAGGGAUGGGGAGUACGCUGCCUAGAUGACAUUGACAGAGGGACAUUUGUUUGCAUUUAUUCAGGAAGAUUACUAAGCAGAUCUAACACUAAGAAACCUGAUGCUGUUUAUGAAAAUGGAAAAGAAGAGACUAUGAAAAAUAUUAUUUCAAAAAAGAGAAAAAUAGAAGUUGCAGAUUGUGAGGUUGAAAUAAUCUCAUUAGAAUUGGAAACACCUCCUAGAAGUGCUGAGAAUAAAGAACAUCCUCCAGAGUUCAGUAAUUAUACUAACAAACCUGUCCUAGAAAUGAAAUGUAACAGUAUUUCAAGAAUUCAGCCUCACUCAGUCAUUAAAAGUCAUAAAGCCAAGACUGCCAUUAUUCAGCACAAUGGGAAAAAGAUGGAGUUUGCUUCCUCAGAGUCUGUCACCUCAGAAGAUGAUGAUGGAUUUAAACCAAUCCAAGUAUAUCUGAACCGUAAAGCCAAGGAAAUGAAACAGGAUGCAAGCUCAAACGAAGUUGAAGAUUCUGAAGACAAUCUGCUGAUUGAAUCAAAUGUGAUAAAUAUAACUAAAUGUAGAGAAGCUCCAUCAGAGGGCAGAGGUAAUCAAGCAACCACAUUGGAUAAUCACAAUACUGUAAAGGAGUUUAAAAUUCAAAUACAAAAGCCCCAGGAGGAAAAAUCUCCAGCAUGUCAAAACCAGCGGGUCUGUUGUGAUAAAGAGUUGGCAAGUGAAACUGCGAAUACUUCGUCUGAUUCUCUAAAGAAGCUCAAUAAAGGGAAUGUGUAUUUAUUGGAUGCCACAAAAGAAGGAAAUGUGGGCCGCUUCCUUAAUCAUAGUUGUUGCCCAAAUCUUUUGGUACAGAAUGUUUUUGUAGAAACACGUGACAGGAAUUUUCCAUUGGUGGCAUUCUUCACCAACAGGUAUGUGAAAGCAAGAACAGAACUAACAUGGGAUUAUGGCUAUGAAGCUGGGACUAUGCCUGAGAAAGAAAUCCUCUGCCAGUGUGGGGUUAAUAAGUGUAGAAAGAAAAUAUUAUAAAUCUGUAGCUAAUGCCUGUUGAUAAAAUGAGCUUAUCAAGCUGAAAUUAGAGCCAUGCGUAAGAACUGUCAGUCAUCAGUGGAGUUUAUUCAGGUUGUGAUCCAUCAAGAGAAUUCCUCAGUUUAUCCUUGUCAGGGGUUCAUUUGUGUGACUUAGACAUACUAGGAACAAAAUAAGGGCAUUUUUGUACAUACAGGGUAUCUCUUUAUUCUUACUGAUGUUCAACUUUACAUGAAUAGGAUGGAAUUGUAUAUGUUAUAUGAAAUGCCACUAAGCAAUUUGUAACUUAUUUGUAAAUUAUAUAUUAAAAGAAACAUG